AUGAUAUCUCCAACUCGCAGUGAGCGCGCAGUUAAUCGUCGUGAUAUUCCUGGAAGCGGGUAUCUUGCCACAGCUGUUGGUGGAUCUCGAUUUCUCGGUGGCACCAUUCCUGGCACGCUUGCCGGAAAUUCGGCUAGGCCAUCAUCAAACAUUGGGGUGGGAGAUGUAGAAAGCUGGCUGGAACUUAGUCGAAUGGGUGAAGCUCUUUGUCGUCGAGCUCGGAAUCCAUUUGAUCUCUCUUCAGUUAAUGUCACCAGUAACGCUAAUUCCAGUCAUUGUGACAGUAGUGGUUCACGCGGUCCUCGCUAUGGCCAGGCAGGUAGAUUGCAUGUUGGAGAAGGCAAGCGGUCUGGAGGAGGGAAAGGCAAUCAGUCUAGAUUACGCACUGGCGCCACAUCCAACAUUGCUAGUCGUAUUUCCGAUGCCCAUUCUCCAAAUGACGUUGACUCACUCCUAGGCGAGCGCUCUUUGUUUGUUUCGUCAGAUAGUGGAUGUGGGGAUAGUAAUAAUAGCUCCUCAAGUGGGAGCAGCAGUAUUGCCGGGGGGAGCGGCAAUGGAACGUCUUGGAGUCGUGGUGGUCUACCCCAUGGUAACCCUUCCUCAGGUUUAGGCCGUUGGACUGCCGGCAAUAUGGUCGGCAGUUCGGCCUCGAAUCCCUCUGUCACUUCGCCUCUUCCUGCUGGCGCCGGAAACCUUCCUCCUAGAAUGCUACGUAAAAUGGCCGCAGCUGCCGCUUCUCAAGCGCCUGUGUUUACUGAUACCCAAUUGACUACACAGCAGCAUCAACCCAAGUCUCUUCGCCCACAUGGUAACGCUGCUUCAGUGGAAGAAUCCAAACAUGCUUUUGCUGGUACUUCUAAUGGUACCAGUGUCAAUGAAGUAUUAGCCAGUCUUAGCAGUGGGAUCGAUCUUUUCGAGGCAAGUUCAUACCUUAACAUUAUUUUUUUUAUCCCUUAUAUAUUCUUGCAACUGACAAAGGCAUAUACAUUCCCAGAUGUCCCGCCGGUAUCG